AGGGUCACCUCUCAGCAGGAACUUCCAUCUGCGUCUUCUCGACCUCGGCAGCGAUACGACCGUGGCAUCGUCUGACUCUUACCCCCGACCAGCCCAUGCGAAUUCUCUCCCUGCUGCUCGCUGGCGCUGCGCUGCAGUCGCUAGCGGCGAGUCCUGCCGAUGCACCGCGCCGGAAGGUCACAGCCAAAGAGAGCGUGGAGACGCUGCUGGACGACUUGCUGGGCCAUCUUUACCUCCCGGCCCACAUCCCACACAACGCAUCUGAAAUUGGAAACCCGCCAAGCUGGAGGCUGAAGAAGGACGAGUUCUUGAACGAGGUUCUCGGCCUCUUUGGUCCCGCUGCAACAGUUCAGCAAAGACCGCUUCGGGUUGGGAAAUCUGGUCCGGUGAACUUAAAUGCCAACCAAGCAAAGGCAACCUUUGUCGAGAACUUGAUAUCUCAAAUGACAGUACCUGAACUUGUUCUUCAGCUGCACCUGUUCUUCGCAGACAACGCAAUCGGCGUCAACUCCGACAACGGGGGCUACACCUCCGCUCUGAGUCUCGCACCCACGGCGGGGAUCGGCGUGAUCAACGACUGGUACCCGACGAACAUCAGCCAGUUCAACUCGCUCCAGGAGCUCAACCUCAACCGCUCGCGCCUGCACAUCCCGUUCAUGGUCUACGGCGAGUGCGUGCACGGCGUGGGCUCGUUCAAGCAGAGCAUGUUCCCGCAGGCCAUCGGCCUCGCCGCGUCCUUCGACACCGAUCUCACGUGGCGCGUCGGGAGGGCGAUUGGGAGCGAGGCGCGCGCGAUUGGCAUACACGCGUGUUUGGCGCCGGUGCUCGAUCUGGGGAAGGAUCCGCGCUGGGGGAGUCCAGGAGGCGUGGGGCGAGGAUUACGUCCACACGGCGAUCAUGGGCACGGCGUUUUCUAGCGGCUUGUCGAAGAACGGGUCCUGGGCGGAUCCGGAUGCUGUUGUUCCGGUUCUCAAGCAUUUUGCUGCAUACGGAAGCCCGCGGUCGGGUCUUAACGCCGCACCGUUCAUGGGCCGGGGGAUGCGCGAGGUCAUGCAAGAGAUGCUGGUCCCUUUCAAAGCGGCCAUCGAUCUGGGCGGUGCCAGAGGCGUCAUGAUGUCCUACAACGAACUUGACGAGAUCCCAGCUGUGGUUCACCCCGAUCUGUACGGAGCCCUGGAACAGUGGGGCUUCGAUGGAUUCGUCACUGCAGACGACACGGGCAUGGCGCAGCUCAUGAGUGUUCACGGGGUCGCCGGCUCUCCGGCAGACGCCAUCGCGCAGUGGUUCAACGCGGGAGGGAUGAUUGACUUCUACGACUAUCCUUUGGAUGUUUAUCUCAACGCCACGGUUGAUCUCGUCAAGAACGGUACAGUCAAAAUGACCACUCUGCAGGGCCACGUGCGCAAGAUUCUCGGGGUCAAAUACGAUCUCGGUCUCUUCAACAAUCCGUUUAUACCAGAAAACAUCGACGUUCAGGCGCUUACGACCGAGCAUGUACCGUUAACGCUGGAAGCGGCCCAGAAGAGUAUCGUUCUCCUUGAAAACCGGAACCAAACACUUCCCAUUCCGCUCGAUCCGACUUCCCGGGGGAUCAAGAACAUCGCCCUAAUCGGUCCAUUCAGCGAUAUCCUGAAUUACGGCGACUAUUCUGGCCAGUGGGGAGCAUAUCCCGCGAACCACUCAUCUACGCUGCGUCAGGCAAUGCUCGGCCAGCUGCGCAACACGUCGACGAAGCUGACGACCAGCUGGGGAUCGGACACGUGGACGUACCACGGGCAGUACAACAUCCCCGCAUACCUCCUCGGCGGGAUGCGCGGGACGUACUUCGCGCGCACCGAUUUCUCCGAGCCGGUCUUCACGCUGGAGGAGACGCCGAACCGCGACUGGGGCCUGUACCCGCCGCCGGGCCUGCCGUCGAACAACUUCAGCGUGGUCUGGGACGGCGAGCUGACCGUCCCCGUGUCCGUGGCGGGCUGGAUCGGCGUCGCCGUGGGCGCCAACUGCUCCGCGGCGCUGUACAUCGACGGCCGGCGCGUGGUGCACACGCCCGCCACGCCGUCGGGCAACAUCCUCGGCAACAUCAUGCUCGCCGCGAAUACGACCGCGCCGCCGCCGGGGGGAGCCGAGUUUGAGUUCGUCGAGGGUGCAAAGCAUAAGAUCCGUGUUGAGUUCCAGGCGUUCAAUCUGGCGCCGAAGAGGGCGAAUUUCGGCAGCCUCAAUGCGGAGGUUGAACUCUUCUGGAAUCUCGUGGGAACUGAUGGGGCGGUUGAAAGGGCAGUGGAUACCGCAAAGUCUGCGGACUUGAUUGUGCUUGCUGUCGGCGCGAACUGGAACAGCGACGGUGAAAACGGUGAUCGAGCGACCCUUGGCUUGUCCGUCAACCAAACGGCUCUGGCCGACGCUAUCUUUGACCUGGGGAUCCCGGUUGUCCUCGUCCUACAGGGCGGGCGUCCGUUCGCUAUUCCGGAGUAUUACGCGAAAGCCGCAGCUGUUCUCGAUGCCUUCUUCCCAGGCCAAUCGGGCGGCCAGGCCAUCUCGGAUGUGCUCUUUGGCCUGUUCAAUCCGGGUGCACGAGUGCCUUUGAGUGUUCCAUUUGACGUCGGGACGCUGCCGGUUUAUUACAACUACAAAGCGACGUCGCACGUGAACAAUUUCACCGACGAGAGCAUUGGAUCGUAUCCUGUCUACAGCUUCGGUUAUGGCCUCUCGUACACGACGUUUGCGCACAAAAAUUUCAAAUCGCUCAGUGGAUCCACAUUAUCGACCUCUUCUCCCUCCACCCUCUCCUUCUCGCUCACGGUUCAGAACACAGGCUCGAUCGCUGGCAGCUACGUCGCGCAGAUCUACCUCCUCCGCCCGGCCCCGCCGUCCUUCUCCCCCUCCGCCAUAACGCGGGCCGAGAAGCAGCUCGUCGCGUCCUCGCGCGUGUACCUCGGUCCCUCGGAGGACGCGCAAGUUGUGCUGAGCGUCGAUGUGGAAAGGUACCUGAGGGUGCUCAACCGGGAAUGGAGGUGGGAGGUUCCGAAAGGGCGGUAUACGUUUGCGGUGCUGGAGCAUUCGGGAUGGAAUGCGGAUACUUCGGUGAAUGUGACCCUCUCUGCUGUGUAGUGAUUGUGGCUGUGGUUGCGCAUAUAUCAUGCUUUUGUACGAUGUGCGUGCGAAAGGACAGGAAAGUGUAUUUCACGGGGAUUUUUCGGCGAGCCGUGCGGAAAUCACUUGGUGUGCCCCGGUCACCCAGAGUCGCCGUCGCCGGGAUGACGAAAAAGGCUAAGUUGUGGCUGUGCAUGCGCCGCCUUGCCACGACCAUUAACUCUUGAACGUCGCGCUCAGCAGCUUUGUCAGACUCGGUCUCAACCCUCUUCUAAUCUUCACAAGCCUCUAUUCCACCAAAUUACCUGACAAUCGACCCUCUCUCAGCUGCAAAUGUACAUACGGAUGCCUGCCGCGCGUGUCUCAGACCUUCACCGCUGAACUUACCCGCAACUACAUCGAGCGGCUCAAUGUGGGCCUGAGACGUAUAAGUAUCCAUCAGGACGCUUCCUGAUUCACCCCGCUCACCGCUCACCGCUAGCCCCAUGCCGUCCUCGUCUCGCUGCAGCCUCAACUCUCCACUCUCGACAAUCUCAGCCGCAUCGCAGUCCAGUAUAAGGUCGCUGCAAGACAUCUCGGAGUACUGCGACUCGGAAGACACACCUUCUCCUCCCACGAGUCCUGUCAUGUGCCCGACAUCUCUUCCGUCUUGCGCAUCAGUCCUCGUUCCCCCGAGUGCAUCCACGGCCACUUUCCUCCCCGCGACAUCCUUCUCUGGGCUCCCUUCGUCGUCGUCCUUCGGUGAGGCCGCGGGAGUUACGAUGCCAGUGUCACCGGCAGGUAGUCCCGAACUCGCGACUGUGGUGUCCCAAUCCGCGCGAUUCGCCGUCGUGCAGGAGACGAUGAAGAAAGCGCUGGCGGGGUCGACGGGGUCGGGUUUCACUCGGUCUACGCCAUCGAAGGGUUCUGUUGAGGGACUUCCGUCUGGAGAUGCGGAGUCGGAGUGUCGACUGUACCGUUCCGCACAAGCGUCGGCGUCUGCAACGACGCUGAAGCCCUCGAAGCGACGCACGGUCUCCGAUUCGACGGCUGAUUUGUUCUCGCCGAGGAGUCUGGGGCAGGCGACGUUUCCAUCGUUCAGAUCUGUCGGGAUAUUCGAUAGCGCUACGACGUCGAGUGGGAUAGAAGGGAUGCCGACGCUGAGGAUAAUAGCUGCCGCGGAUGAAGCUAUGGUUACGAGUGUCACUGACGCAUCGCCCGAUGUUGCCCAGAGCACGCCUAUGACUGCACCCGCGCCAUCAUCUGGCUCAAACUCGUACCAAAGACUCGGUCUGGGUCUCCCCACCCACCGGCGAAUUCGCAUCCUCGAGAGCUCCACCAACGCCCGCUCCACGCCAUCGGCCUCCCUCUCGUCCGCUCGCGCAUCCUCCGCGACUCUCCCGCGCGCCAUGUCCCGCUCCGGAUCGGCCGGCCACCUCUCGAUCCGCUUCGUCGCGCGCCGGCGCGGGAUCUUCGAUCGGGUGCGGAGGGUGCUCUGUAUGACGAAGAAGAGCACGGGGAAGAGCGUGGCCCUGAAGCGGAUGGGUUUCGGGCACUUGACAAAGAAGAAGAAUGGGACCAGUCAGGAUCGGAUUCGUGCUCGUGGGGGGGGAGGCUCUGGCGCUGGCUGUGGAACAAGAGCGGAGUGUUUGGGUAGAAGUCUGGACGUGUACAAGGGAAGGCAUCAGAAUGUAAAAUCUCAUCACAGCAUGCACGGUUCAAUUCAAUGCAGGGUUUAUUCAAUCUUCCUAGGACCUCACUCGCAAAAUAAGGCUGUAAGGGCUGAUGCUGUUGGCUCAGAGUCCGCUGGCAUCCCGUGUUCACUUCGAGUACCACUGGUAUAUUUGAACCAGACCGAAUUGCAGUUCUACUCCGUCGAUUGAGUCCGACAACACCAUUUUUCUCCUGAAUUGAUUUGAGUCGUCCUGCAUUCGGGAGCACGUUUUGUGUGGUGCCUGGUCGUCCUUCGCGUUGCAUUGGGCCUAUGCUUGCGACGAUUGUCAGCGGGGCUGAAAAGCUGUAUGUAUAAGUAUUUCUGUGCGAUGACAUCAAACCACUCAAACCCUCUCAACCGAAGCCCUCGGAAUCAGUAUCGCAUAUGGGACUAGGGGUUCAGCCCAAACCCCUAUGCACUUCUGGUGGACCAGGUGCGAAUGUUCCCGAAGCGAAUUUCACCUUCUCCGUGUAUCCACAGCUUCAUUCCUGUGCGCGGAAUGUGCGGCAAGUCCAACGGAGAAGUAAGUAGUUCUAUCAGGAAGGUGGUUGGCAAGGCACCGACGGCAAGCCAUCACCGACAUGAAUGAUCAGAAGCAUGAAAGCUGUGCAAAGCUAUUUACUCCGGCCCACUGAAAUGCGCAUGGUCCCAGAGGGCUGAUAAGUAACUGUCUUCACUCUCACUCAGAAAAACCCCACCUACGCGCCCGAUGAGCGAAUCCGAGAUAGCUGAGCCUCACGCGCUGCCGGGGGAGGGGCAGGAGCAGACGGCCAGCGUUCCCAAGACAGUUGUCGCUUUCGCACGCGCGGAAGAUGAGCAUGAUGCUCCUGCACUAGACGGUGCUGUGAAUGACGACGCAGCCACGGAGGGUGCUGAUCCCAAAGUGGAGGAGGAGGAGGAUGCAGAGGCGGUAGUUGCUCCUGAGGAACUCGAGGAAGAGGAAGAGGAAGAGCCAGACCCCAGCGGCGGUGAAGAGGAAGAUGAGCGCGAAAUGGACACCGACGACGAACUCGAGGAGGCCAACUUCUGGCACGACCAAGUCAUGUCCGAGCUUCUCCGCGCGUGCCGCGACUACACCCCAAGCGAGUACACGAUCCUCAAGGCCUUCUCCGUCGACCGCAUGGGCAACGUCUCGUACACCGCGCGCGCGGCGCGCACCGGCGCGCUCGUCGCGGUCAAGGCAAUCGAGCUGCGCGCGCCGAUAGAGCGGUUUGCGGGCCAGCGGCUCAUCGGGGAGCUGUACCUUACCCGCGAUAUGCUGAACCACAAGAACGUCGUGACGUUCUUGGAUCUGUAUUUGGCCGAGCGGCGGGAGGUGUGGCUGAUAACGGAGUACAUCGAGGGCGGUGCGACGCUGGCGGAGGUCAUCCAGCGGAAACAGGGUACAUUUGAAGAGGGCCAGGUAGCCAAGAUCAUCGGCGAUGUCACCCGAGGUCUCGAGCACCUCCAUCAGCAGCUCAUCCUCCAUCGUGACAUGCGGUCCGAGUCGAUCGUCAUCGACCCCAAAGGCCGGGUCAAAAUCUCCAACUUUGCAUUUGCGGUCCAGCUUCCCGAUAAAGCAGCCAAGCGCCGCACGAUGGUCAGCACGCUACCCUUGGCACCACUGUCCGACCGCUCCGCCUACACUCCGGACAAGACGCAUUGGACUCCACCCGAGGUCAUUCGCCGAGCCCCCUAUGGACCGGAAGUCGAUAUUUGGGCGCUGGGAAUCACGUUGCUCGAGAUGCUGCAGGGCGGCCCGCCAUACGAGUUUGCCGACGAACCGAGCGCACCGGAGCCGGCAGCGUCCGCUGCGGGGGAGGACAAGGUAGAGGAGGCCCAGUCUGCGGGGGACGGUGCGUACGACGCGCAGACCGAUCACAAAGCUCUGACAUCCGCAUCUCAAGACUCAUCACCAUCUGCCGACAUAGUGGCUGAUCCCGAUGCGGUUCCAAAGGAAGCACAGGCUCCCGCAGAUGUGGAGACUUCCCCUGACGCCACUGCCGAUGCAGAUACGCCCGCCGAGCCGGCAGCCACCCACACCACCGCGGAAGCCGCGCCCGAGCGGAAGCGCAACGACCCUCUGCGCGUCCUCUUCCUCAUCCUCGUCAACGGACCCCCGACGCUCCCGUCAGAUGCCACCGUGCAAAAGGCCGGCGGUCGCGAGCCCGUCAGUGCGGAUCUGCGGUCGUUCCUGGCCAGGUGUCUGGUCGUGGAUGUGUCCGCUCGGGCUGCGGCCGCGGAGCUCGUCGAGCAUCCGUUCGUCCAGCGUGCGUGCGAUCCGGAGGGUUUGGCCUCGCUCCUGGCAUGGAGAGUCGCGGAGAUCGAGCGUGAGAAGGCCGAGGAACCGGAUGAUGAGCUAGAGGGAGAUGGCGAGGAUGCAGAAUCUGGGUCUUUGGGCGAACAGGCGGAGACAGCCAAUGGACGUCCGAACGAGAUCGAAGCGCUUUCAAGUGAUGACAUCACGUGUUGAGCGAUGCGUCCCGAUGUCGACGGGAGCCUAAUCCAGCCUCACUAUCCCCGGUCAGGCACACGAGUCUGCUGCGAAAGACCAUUCGCGUAGGGAAAUGAAUAGCUCAUGGACGAUCAAGCUCGUGCUCUGUAGUCUGUUUGACUUUCCGGCAACUGAACAGAACCCCUUCGCCACACUCUAGAAACCGUCGCGCUCCAUUCGGCUUGCGAGAAGCCGAAAUAGAGCGUACCGUGAGAGUCUCGCACGGCGCGCACGACGACACGCUCCCAGUGUGCCGAAUCCGAACAGCUUUGGGCACGAUAGAUCGAUUCAAUUGGGUACGAUGUUCUCGGCCAUGCACGGUAUGUGCGAUAUCAACUCUGGCGGCAUGGUUACCAUCCGGAAUGAUGAACGGAUGAGAAUCCAAGUGGGAUAAAAUCUAUAUUGUGCUUGGGGUUUCUCCCGAUUUAUAUAGUACAUAGUCAUGUAUCGGAAAAGUAAUUCUACUGCCUUAUAUAUUUGUAUCUGACUGAGUCGUGUAUCAGUAAGAUGCUUUGAGAACAUUCGGGAAUGAUCUUGAUGCAAAGGCACAGCAUUCCUG